AAAAGAAACGUGUGCGCUUUAAGCCGCAGACAGAAAGAAGGAUUUGGAUUUGCUGUGGCGUUUGGUCACGGGGUUUUUGCGCUGCUCUCUCCGUCAAACCAUGUAUAACAGUUAAGGAUUGUUUGAACUGCCGAUCUGAAUAGAAGUGUUGCAGAGAUUGGCCUGUCGACGUUCAUUGACUUUGGGAAAAAACGUGUUACACGGGGAUGUUUAUCAACAAGGGCUUGACGAUGGAGCGCCGGCCAUGCUAGGGCUACCAUGGGCAGCGUCACACUGCGCUACUUCUGCUAUGGGUGUCUCUUCACGUCGGUGACCUGGUCCGUCCUGCUCUUCCUGUACUUCACCCUCAGCCAGGAGAGCCAGCCCCCCAAGCAUGUGCCCGUCUCGGGGGUCUCCUCCUUCAGCCGCCAGCACAGGUUCCAGCCCCGCUUCACCCGGAGCCCCAACGACGGGCCCAGGGAGCAGCCCCAUCGGGCCGCCGCCCAGGGCAGGAAGCAGGUGGACCUCUCCCCGGAAAUGGGUAUGAUCUUUAACGAGCAGGAUCAGGAGAUCCGAGACAUGGGGUACCACAAGCACGCUUUCAACGUUCUCAUCAGCAACCGCCUGGGGUACCACAGAGACCUGCCCGACACCAGGAACGAAAAGUGUAAGGAGAGGGCGUACCCCGUGGCGCUACCCUCGGCCAGCGUGGUCAUCUGCUUCUUCAACGAGGCCUUCUCCGCUCUGCUGCGGACGGUGCACAGCGUGCUGGACCGCACACCCGCCUACCUGCUGCACGAGGUCAUCCUGGUGGACGACAACAGCGAGCUGGCGGACCUGAAGGAGGAUCUGGACGCGUACGUCCGUCAGAACCUCCCCGGGAAGGUGAAGCUGGUUCGGAACCAGAGACGCGAGGGUCUGAUCAGGGGCAGGGUGAUCGGGGCGUCCCACGCCACAGGGGAGGUGCUGGUGUUCCUGGACAGCCACUGCGAGGUGAACGAGAUGUGGCUUCAGCCUCUGCUGACGCCCAUCAAGGAGGACCGGCGCACGGUGGUGUGCCCCGUCAUCGACAUCAUCAGUGCUGACACCCUCAUCUACAGCCCCUCCCCCAUCGUCCGGGGCGGCUUCAACUGGGGGCUCCACUUCAAGUGGGACCCCGUGCCCCUGUCCGAGCUCAACAGCCCCGACGGAGCCGUCGCGCCAAUCAGGUCUCCGACGAUGGCCGGCGGCCUGUUCGCCAUGGACAGGAAGUACUUCAACGAGCUGGGCCAGUACGACAGCGGUAUGGAUAUCUGGGGAGGCGAGAACCUGGAGAUCUCCUUCAGGAUCUGGAUGUGCGGGGGCCAGCUCCUCAUCAUCCCCUGCUCACGGGUGGGGCACAUCUUCCGAAAGAGACGGCCCUACGGCUCGCCUGGAGGUCAGGACACCAUGGCCCACAACUCCCUGCGGCUGGCCCACGUCUGGAUGGAUGAGUACAAGGAGCAGUACUUUGCCCUGCGGCCGGAGCUCAGGACCCGUAGCUACGGCGACAUCAGCGAGCGGCUGGCGGUGCGGCGGCGGCUCAAGUGCCAGUCCUUCCGGUGGUACCUGGACAACGUCUACCCCGAGAUGCAGGUGUCCGCCCAAAACAGCAAGGCGCAGCAGCCCGUCUUUGUCAACAAGGGCCUGCGCAGGCCCAAGGUGCUUCAGCGGGGAAGGCUGCGGAACCUGCAGGCUGACAAGUGCUUGGUGGCGCAGGGCCGACCCAGCCAGAAAGGCGGCAUCGUGGUGGUGAAGGAGUGUGACCCCAGCGACUCCGAGCAGGAGUGGGCCUAUGAUGAGGAGCAUGAGCUGACUCUGGCCGGCCUGCUGUGCCUGGACAUGUCGGAGAUCCGCUCGUCUGACCCGCCCCGCCUCAUGAAGUGCCACGGCUCGGGGGGGUCGCAGCAGUGGACCCUGGGGAAGAGCAACCGCCUGUACCAAGUGUCCGUGGGCCAGUGCCUGGCGGUUGUCGAAGCGCUCCGCCACAAAGGCUACGUCGCCAUGGCGAUCUGCGACGGCUCCCUAUCUCAGCAGUGGCAGAUGGAGGACUGACCCUUCCCAGCGUACCACGUUCAUCCCGCCGGCAUCACCUCAGCAGUCCCAGGUAUCGGGGAGCGUCACCGGGUUCCUACAUGCAGGAGGAAAAGCACACUUCCUUUUGUUGCCAAACGGCAGAGCUACUUUUACCAGGAGCGAAAACAAAACAAGCCCUGGUUUUACAGGUAGGAUCCAGCUGCAGGCUUAGCCGUUAGCGCAAACUGCUCGUGUGCAUUAUUCAUUAUUUUUUUUAAAAUUUUGUUUUGUUUUUUUCCCCUGGGAAAGUGUUUUCUGUUUACAGAAAGUAUUCUUCGAAUCUUUUACCACAAGUUAUAAUUCGUUUUUAUUGCAACAUGUUAUUUAUGAUUUUUAAUCAGUUUUGACCCUCUCAUCUGAGUUUUAUGAUUUUGCACAGCAAAAGUAACUGGUGUUUCAUUUUUUUUUUUUUUGGUAUAGCAAUCCCAGAUAUGUUUACAGAGUAGUACUGGCUGACAGUACAAGACCCCCGUUUCAUAUCGAAAUUUAUAAGAAUCUGCAUUGCUACACAGAAAUGAGUUAUGUAAAAAAGGCAGAAUAUUUCAAUUUCAAACACAAGCAAGAACUAGUUCACUGGUUUUAAUGCACAUGUCCUUGGGAGGGGGCAAUUUGAAUUUCAGAACUUUAAAAUUUGAAUCACAGCUUUUAGAAACCUUUUGGUCAUGGGGAGUGACCGUUUUUUUUUUUUUUUCCCUCAUAAUCCAUCUGAAGUCACUGCAACGUGAACAUACGGAAAGAUUAGGAGCUGAAUUCUGCUUCAGUGGUAGUGAUGUGUGUACUGUGAGGCAGGAGAGGGACAGACAGCCGUGUCUGAGCAGGCCGAUGCCUGGGCGGCCAGCAGAGGGCGCUGAAGGCUGUAGCCUCCUCCCUCCAGGCCCACCACAGAAACAUAAGAGCUCGUAUAGCAGACAGUCUUCUGAACUUUAGGCGUAAAGUGUCUGUUUAAUGUGAAUGUGAAAGGUUUUAAAAAUUUGAAUAUGCAGUAUUUUCUGUUUGUUCUUUGUUUUUGUAAAUGAUGCAGCCAAAUAAAGAGGUUUUAAUUC